AUGGGUCCAACCUCUGCAUACGACUUAGACCUCUCAAACUGCUUGCUUUCAUUCAUCUGCCACCUAGCAACCUCGACUACUUAUUGCAACACUACCAUCAAGAUUGAAGAGGCCUUCAGAAUGCAGAGCUUCGAGAUCCCCAAUCAUGGCACCAUGGACGCUAUGUCAAAUGCAGCUGCUGUCGCUCUUCCUGGCUCUGAAUUGUAUGAUAAAUACAUAAAGCGAUGGUCAAAAGCUGCAGAGAAGCCAGCCGAAUCGAGAGUCACCGUUGAUGCAGAAUCGAAAACCAUCACGGCACAAGGAGGAGCGCUCUGGAGGGAUAUUGAUAGAGAAGCUGAGAAGUAUGGACUUGCUGCUGUAGGUGGCGCAGUUAAUCAUACUGGGGUGGGCGGACUGACUUUGGGUGGAGGCUACGGUUAUCUGACUCCAGCUCAUGGUCUUGUGGUUGAUAACCUCCUGGCUGUGGAAUACGUGCUUGCUGAUGGUCAAAUCGUCACUGCCUCCGAGAAGGAGAAUAUGGAUCUGUUCUGGACCGCUCGAGGAGCCGGAACUUGCUUCCGUGUAGCUACCUCCUUCGUGUACAGAGCUCACGAGCAGAAAGAUCCUGUUUGGGCGGCAAUGCUCAGGUUUGAGAACGAUCAGCUUCCUGCUGUGAUCGAUUACGGAAAUGAGUUUCUAGAUAUCUGCGAUGAGAAGGCUCUCUUCCUCGUUGCUUUUUCCAAGGUUCCGGCCUUUGGAGAUACCCCUUCCCUACUAGCAGUUUGCUUUUACAACGGACGAGAAGCUGUUGGAAAGUCAUUCUAUGACUUUCUCUUCUAG